AUGGCCACCACGCUGGACCUGCCGCCGCCGCCGCCCUCGUGCCUGUCGCACGAGGCGCUCUACUGGGACGCGGCCGGCGCCGGCCCCGGCCCCGCCCACGCCCACUCGCACGCCCACCUGCACCACCGCGCGCUGCGGCCCUGCAAGAGCGUGCCCGAGGGGCUGGCCAGGUUCGCGUGGAUGCCCCCGUACCCGGUGGCGCGCCCGGCCCGGAACGUGACGGUGGUGGAGCAGAUGACGACGUCGGUGUGAGCUCCGCCCCCGCCCCCGCUGGAACUGUUGCAGACGGUGCUCUUGUUGCUUACUUGUGCUUGUUAUUGCCUUGGCGGAGGAUGAAACUGCU